UCGUUUUAUUUCUACCAUUUCGCACUAGUGGAUAUUCGGUCAAAUGAAAACUGUCAAAUUGACAGCUGACAAUCAUUUCAAAGACAAAAAGAGUGAAUUUAUCAUGAAAAUACUUAUAAAUCGGCCAAAAUAAGGGUGGUUAUAAUGGAUAAAAUUCCGGGCCAAACAGGUUAUCUGAUACUAAACGAAGAAGGGGCUGUCCUAUCAUCGUCAGGUGACUUGGAAAACGAUGAAAAGUCCGCUGUGAUUAUUAUGGGACUGAUCAACUUAACGUCGCAUAUUGAUAGAGCUGCCUUUGAAGAAGGUUUCAAGAAGCUGUCAAUCAAUUAUGAUAAACACUGUUACAUUAUCUGCUUAUCAAACCGAAAGGUAUACGUCGUGAAGAAGACACUCGAUUACGCCAACGGCAUACCAUAAGCUGAAAACAUGGAUAUUAUUUUAUACUGCACCAGCAUGAAAUACAUGCAAAUGGUUAUUUUAUUUGGAGCCGUCUGCUUCUCGCUCUAUCAUUUGUAUAUUUUGUUAAAUACGUGGGAAUAAAUGUUAAAAAAAACAAA